AUGGAGCUGGGCUUGGCUAAGCGGCCGGUCGCCGUGGUGUUUGCCGGAGCGCCUCCCCCAGCCGGGACCCCCGCGCCGUUACUGCUGGUUUGCCGGGUCACCGGUUUCUACCCCCGGCCCGUCUGCGUGGCCUGGCUGCAGGACGGGGAGGAGGAACAGACGGCCGGGGUGGUGUCCACAGAGCUGCUCCACAACGGAGACUGGACCUUCCAGAUCCUGGUGAUACUGGCGAUGACCCCCCGUCGCAGGGACGUCUACACCUGCCAGGUGGAGCACAUCAGCCUGCGGGGCCCCCUCAUCGUGCACUGGGAUAAGAAAGCACAGACUGACUCUCCCAGGCGCAAGAUGGUGGCUGGCGUCGGGGGCUCCGUGCUGGGGUUGGUCUUCAUGGGCCUGGGAUUGCUCGUCUGCCUGAGGAAUAAGAAAGCCCCACCUGCUGCCACCUUUGCAAAAGCUGCGGCCGUGCAAGAUGCUGAAUUUCCUGUUUCUCACCACGACGUGCAGGGGUGA